AUGUCGGUGCAAGGAACGGUGUGGGGUCGUGUGCGAGGUCGCCUUCGCGCCUUCCCCGAGCAUCUGGCGGCUUGCGGGACCGAGGCCGCGGCGUACGGCAGGUGCGUGCAGGCGUCUACUGCCCCGGGAGGCAGCCUGAAGAAAGAUCUCUGUGCCCAGGAGUUCGAGGCCCUGCGGAGCUGCUUUGUGGCUGCGGCCAAGAAGCCCGUGAAGGGUGGCUGCUAG